AUGGUAGUGUCUGAAUAUGUUAGCAACCUUGGGAACGACCAUGCACAGGUGGUUCCUGUAACGGUAUUCGUGGCGGUUCUUUCUCUCUGCUUAGUCAUCGGUCACUUGCUCCAAGAAAGCCGCUGGUUUAACGAGUCCAUCACUGCCAUUUUGACCGGAUGCGUAGCUGGAGCUAUCAUCUUGUUUCUGAGCAAAGGGAAGAGUUCUCAUAUCCUUGCAUUUAACGAAGAAUUGUUCUUCAUUUAUCUCCUUCCACCGAUAAUAUUCAAUGCUGGAUUUCAGGUGAAGAAAAAGCAGUUCUUCCAGAAUUUCCUAACUAUCAUGUUGUUUGGGGUGAUUGGUGCUUUUAUUUCAUUAAUAAUUAUUACAGCCGGCAGCUGGUGGCUGUUUCCUAAGCUAGGCUUUGUUGGUCUGACCGCACGAGACUAUCUUGCUGUAGGAAUAAUAUUUUCAUCAACUGAUACAGUGUGUACACUGCAGGUUCUUCAUCAAGAUGAAACUCCUCUGCUAUACAGCCUAGUUUUUGGGGAAGGAGUUGUGAAUGAUGCAACAACAGUUGUUCUCUUCAAUACAAUACAGAAGCUUGAUGUUUCAAGAAUAGAUAGCAGGACAAUACUCCCUGUUGUUGGGGAUUUCUUUUAUCUUUUCUUGGCAAGCACUGCUCUUGGAGUCGUUGCUGGGCUUGUGACGGCAUAUGUUCUUAAAACCUUAUACUUUGGAAGACAUUCAAGCGUUCGGGAAAUUUCUUUGAUGGUUUUAAUGGCAUAUCUCUCCUACAUGUUGGCAGAGUGGCUACAACUCAGUGGAAUUCUUACUGUUUUCUUUUGUGGGAUUCUGAUGUCACACUAUGCAUGGCAUAAUGUUAGUGAGAGUUCAAAAAUCACGACCAGGCAUGUCUUUGCGACAAUGUCAUUUAUUGCAGAAACAUUCAUAUUUCUCUAUGUGGGAAUGGAUGCUCUUGACAUUGAAAUGUGGAGAGUGACCAAAUUAAGCUUUGGGACUUCAAUGGGCAUAUAUGGUACCUUGAUCUUACUAAUAUUGCUUGGACGUGCUGCAUUUGUAUUCCCACUCUCUGCUCUUUCCAAUUACAUGAAUAGAAAGGCCGAGAGAACAUCAGUGAUCACAUUUAAACACCAGGUAAUGAUUUGGUGGGCCGGGCUUAUGAGAGGGGCAGUCUCAGUUGCAUUGGCUUUUAAACAGUUCACGUAUUCUGGUGUUACUUCGGAUCCAAUCAAUGCUACAAUGAUUACCAACACCAUUGUUGUAGUCCUCUUCAGUACAUUGGUGUUUGGUUUUCUAACAAAGCCACUUAUAAGCUAUCUAAUUCCCCACCAUGAAACUAUCAAAAUCACGCAUCGAGAAUCUGUUCCUCCAAACGAGGACUUGAACGUUCCUUUGCUCUCUCUUGAAGAAUCUGUGGGAACCAACAUAAGUCGUGCAAAGGAUAGUUUGUCCCUGAUGAUAGAAAGGCCUGUAUACACCAUACAUUUCUAUUGGAGGAAGUUUGAUGAUGCCUACAUGAGACCCAUAUUUGGAGGGCUGGUUAGCACUCCGACGGACUGUUAA